AUGGGAGCUCUUCCUACUGAUUGUACUUGGAGUUUUCAAGACGACCUUUUGCUUUUAAACACUGUUAAGGCUGGUGAUUCUUUGGAAUUACUUGUGGAAUCACUUGCCAAUGGUACUGUUCAAUUUUCCCGGAUAUUUACUGUUCCAGAAAUGCAAGAUCGAUGGCAAACUCUCAAACAUGAGUUUGAGCAUUCUGCUUGGACAACACAAUCUAAAUGUAAUACGUUGAAGCGUGCAAAAGAAAGUAAAAAAUGUGUCCCCAAGAAGAGAAAAGCUGAAAGAAGCAUCCAGUCAAGUUACGAUAACAUGUGUAAGAGAAUCUCUAACGACUCAUUUGACUCUGUAAAUGUCAAUGUUCUUGGUGGAGCUGGAGAGGAUUGCAUGUUUGUAGAUCCUGUAAUAGAUAAUUUUUGUAAUACACAGUCUGAUUUUCAUGUGAUGCCUAAUGACAUUCUGGAAUAUGGUGAUGAUGACUGUAUAACUGCUUCUUCAACUUUCCCAAUUGGGCAAAAUUAUAACGGAGAUGUUUCCCUAGAAAGCUUUAGCAUUCAAGAUUUCGCCUACGGAAUUGAAGAAACUCUUCUCCCUACUGAGAAUCAUGAAACGAUUGCCACUUUUGGGGGAUCGUUUCAACCUAAUGAAUUGCCAGCUAUGGCUGGUCAGUUUGAUGGUGAUAUGACAAAUGCUUCUUCUGUGUAUGAAAGCCAGUUCUUCAGUGGUACUGUAAGUUCCUCGUCAUUUGACAACUUCGGUUAUUCAGCUAUGCCACCCCAACUGCCAGAUUGGGGUAUAAUUCCGGAUGCUUCUGUCCCAAGUCUGCCUGAUUUUGAAUAUGGCGUUAACAAUGAUGGCGAGCUAGUUUUUACGGGACUUGAUGGAAAUGAGAUGAUUGAUGCGUCUUCUUUUGAUGAUUUCAUGAGCUCACUCUUAUUGGAUACUCCUGAUGAGACUGAUAAAGGUGUAUCUGGAAUUUCAAAAGCUCAAGAUGUCCAAAUGCUAUCGUCUGCAUUGGCUGUCGAUCUUGCUUUUCCUGAAAUGCCUGGUGGAGUUAUAAAUUGCACGUUAAACACCGAGGUCCAAGAAGUUCCUAACAAUGAAAUAAAUUGCACGUUAAACACCGAGGUGCAAGAGGUUCCUACCAAUGAAAUAAAUUGCACGUUAAACACCGAGGUCAAAGAGGUUCCUAACAAUGACGACGUUUUUCUUCCAAUUAGAACAUUGUCAACAUCUUCUGCGCUGGAGGCGCAUAAGCAAUAUCUUAAGACUCAACAUCGACUCUCCUCUGUCAAUGGCUUCUCAAACAAACAGAAGGCCAGUGAUGAACGAAAUUCUGGCAUGAUGUACCAGCUUCAAGAGCGUAGUAAGAGGACAAUUAACAAGAUAGAGUGGGCUCCUGAUGCUUGUACGCAAAUAGCUAUUGCUGUUCUGCGUGGCCGUCACUUGAAAUAUUUGAUUAAAAAAACUCGUGUAAACUUAUCUACUGUUACUCAGUUACGUGAUAAGGGCAGUCCAGUUUUCCUGGGAAGAGCAGGUGAACAUGUUAAAGUUGACAUUGACUUGAGCGAAGAAGGUCCUGAUAAUCGACGGCAGGCAAUCAUAAAGAUGGAUUUGCAUGGAGUUUUUUACUUUCUGAACAUUGGUAAAAAUCCAGGUCAUGUGAACGGCUUCGAGUUGCUUCCUAACCAGAGUCUAACCAUCACUUCCGGUUCCUUAAUUACGGUAUAA